UCGUAUGUGUUAAAGAAACCAAGAGAGAAGAGUAUUUCCAAAAAUAUAAUUGGCUGACUCAGAUACCACUGAGGGGUUCAGUAAGAAGAAAACAGAAAGGUGUAUGUUGGAUUUGACCACUGGAAGGUCAUUGGUGGUAUUUAAGACUAAUUUCUCUGCAGUGACAGGGAUGGCUACAGUUUUGAAGAGAUUGAAUCAUGAAUGAGAGCAGUUAUCAUUACAGAGAAGAAGGAGAGGGAAGAGAAGAGGAUGAAGAAAGUAAAUGAGGACCCCCAGUAUGCAAGCAGAAGCCCCUGGCACAGCACCUGCCUUAUAAGAGGGUUCCGGAAAACUGGCAUUGAGUGAAGAUAUCCUCUGAGAGCCAAGCAAAGAACAUUAAGGAAGAAAAGAGGAAUGAGGUUGGAUCCAGUGCAGUGAACAAAAGGCACUUCCAGGAGAGGGGGACUCAUACCAGAAACUCGGCAGUGCCAGCAGAAUGAGAACUUACCGGUACUUCUUUCUGCUCUUUUGGGUUGGCCAGCCCUACCCAACUUUCUCAACUCCUUUAUCUAAGAGGACUAGUGGUUUCCCAGCAAAGAAAAGGGCUCUGGAGCUCUCUGGAAACAGCAAAAAUGAGCUGAACCGUUCGAAAAGGAGCUGGAUGUGGAAUCAGUUCUUUCUCCUGGAGGAAUACACAGGAUCCGAUUAUCAGUACGUGGGCAAGUUACAUUCAGACCAGGAUAGAGGAGAUGGAUCACUUAAAUAUAUCCUUUCAGGAGAUGGAGCAGGAGAUCUCUUCAUUAUCAAUGAAAACACAGGCGACAUACAGGCCACUAAGAGGUUGGACAGGGAAGAAAAGCCUGUUUACAUCCUUCGAGCUCAAGCUAUAAACAGAAGGACAGGGAGACCCGUGGAGCCCGAGUCUGAAUUCAUCAUCAAAAUCCAUGACAUCAACGACAAUGAGCCAAUAUUCACCAAGGAGGUUUACACAGCCACCGUCCCCGAAAUGUCUGACGUCGGUACCUUUGUUGUCCAAGUCACUGCAACUGAUGCCGAUGAUCCAACGUAUGGAAACAGUGCUAAAGUUGUCUAUAGUAUUCUACAGGGACAGCCCUAUUUUUCAGUUGAAUCAGAAACAGGUAUCAUCAAAACAGCUUUGCUCAACAUGGACCGAGAAAACAGGGAACAGUACCAAGUGGUGAUCCAAGCCAAGGACAUGGGCGGCCAGAUGGGAGGAUUAUCUGGGACCACCACAGUGAACAUCACGCUGACGGAUGUCAAUGACAAUCCUCCUCGAUUCCCCCAGAGUACAUAUCAGUUUAAAACCCCUGAAUCUUCUCCACCGGGUACACCGAUUGGCAGGAUCAAAGCCAGCGAUGCUGACGUGGGAGAAAAUGCCGAAAUUGAGUACAGCAUCACAGACGGAGAAGGGCUGGAUAUGUUUGAUGUCAUCACUGACCAGGAAACCCAAGAAGGGAUUAUAACUGUCAAAAAGCUCUUGGACUUCGAAAAGAAGAAAGUCUAUACCCUCAAAGUAGAAGCCUCCAAUCCUCACGUCGAGCCUCGAUUUCUCUACCUGGGGCCGUUCAAAGAUUCAGCCACGGUCAGAAUUGUGGUGGAGGACGUGGAUGAGCCUCCUGUCUUCAGCAAACUGGCCUACGUCCUACAGAUAAGAGAAGAUGCUCAGAUAAACACCACAAUCGGCUCCGUCACAGCUCAAGAUCCAGACGCCUCCAGGAAUCCUGUCAAGUAUUCUGUCGAUCGACACACAGAUAUGGACAGAAUAUUCAACAUUGAUUCUGGAAAUGGUUCGAUUUUUACAUCAAAACUUCUUGACCGUGAAACAUUGCUGUGGCACAACAUUACAGUGAUAGCAACCGAGAUCAAUAACCCAAAGCAAAGCAGCCGAGUACCUCUAUAUAUUAAAGUUCUAGAUGUCAAUGACAACGCCCCGGAAUUUGCUGAGUUCUAUGAAACUUUUGUCUGUGAAAAAGCAAAGGCGGAUCAGUUGAUUCAGACCCUACGUGCGGUUGACAAGGACGACCCUUACAGCGGGCACAAAUUCUCCUUCUCGUUGGCCCCCGAAGCAGCCAGUGGCUCAAACUUUACCAUUCAAGACAACAAAGACAACACAGCGGGAAUCUUAACUCGGAAAAAUGGCUAUAAUAGACACGAGAUGAGCACCUAUCUCCUGCCCGUGGUCAUUUCAGACAACGACUACCCAGUUCAAAGCAGCACUGGGACAGUGACUGUCCGGGUCUGUGCAUGUGACCACCAUGGGAACAUGCAGUCCUGCCACGCGGAGGCGCUCAUCCACCCCACGGGACUGAGCACAGGGGCUCUGGUUGCCAUCCUUCUGUGCAUCGUGAUCCUACUAGUGACGGUGGUGCUGUUCGCGGCCCUGAGGCGGCAGCGGAAGAAGGAGCCUCUGAUCAUCUCCAAGGAGGACAUCAGAGACAACAUCGUGAGCUACAACGACGAAGGCGGCGGCGAGGAGGACACGCAGGCCUUUGACAUCGGCACCCUGAGGAAUCCCGAAGCCAUAGAGGACGGCAAGCUGCGCAGGGACAUCGUGCCCGAGGCCCUUCUUCUGCCCCGACGGACUCCCACGGCGGCGGCUCGCGACAACACCGACGUCCGAGACUUCAUCAACCAAAGGCUGCAGGAGAACGACGCGGACCCCGCCGCGCCGCCCUACGACUCCCUGGCCACCUACGCCUACGAGGGCGCCGGCUCGGCGGCCGAGUCCCUGAGCUCGCUGGAGUCGGCCAGCACGGACGGCGACCAGGACUACGAUUACCUCAGCGACUGGGGGCCUCGGUUCAAAAAGCUCGCGGAUAUGUACGGAGGCGUGGACAGUGACAGAGACUCCUGAUGUGUUGUUGCCUUCUUCACGCGCCCGUGCGACACUGAAAUACAUGAGAUUUGGCUAUUUCUUUAUAUUUAUCCACUGCUCUUGUGAAGGGGUCCCCUGUUCCACCCGUUGCGAAAAGCCAGUGGCUGCAAGUCCGUGCGGAUCUAAUGUUAGAGACUUUUUUUUUCUAGUACACUUUUAUGAGCUUCCGAGAGGCAGAGUUUUAUUUUUCAGUGCAUCCAGUUAACCCAGUCAGCUCAACAGGCACGUGCCGGGAGGCGCAGGGAGCGGCAUCUUCGCGUGUCCUCUUAGGGCAGGUGGGGAACAUGCCUGUUUCCUCUGGCCUGGUGUUUGGCUACACUCCGUUGACUCAGGUCAGCUGACUGCUCUAACUGUAAAUUCCACAUGCUAAUGGGAUAAGGGAUUGUACUUUAACGAUUUAAAUAUAACCUUAGUAAAAGAAAUAAGGGUAUAUCAGCUCACAAGGAGAUAAACUAUAUAAGGGUGUGUUAUUUCUGUCACAAAGAAUUUAAAAUGAUACUUGCCCGUCCUGUUUGUUCUUCAAGAACUUUCUCUGGCACCACCUACUAUUCAAAACAUCAGAUCCACCAAUGUCUUAAAAUUCUUGUUACUCUUAAGGAAUAGAAGGAAAUUCAAUGGCAGCAUUCAAAAACAAUAACAAAAAACUUAAUAAGACUUCAUUCCUUACCACUAACUCCUAAUUUGUUAUAUAUUAGACAUGUAAAAGGUUACUCUUGCACCCUAUAAAGGGAAAGGGAAAAUAGCUAUUAAUGUUAACGAAGGGAAUAUUUUAGCAUAUGUGACAACUUUGGCCACCAAAUGUAUCAAGGAUUACUAGAGAUUCUUUCAACUGUCAGUAGGUUAAUGACAAACAAGUCUAAUUAUUUAAAAGCUCUUGGAAGAGUUUUUCUGAGAUAAAUUUUAACUCCUUGUCUGUAGUUGUCAGUAUUAUUCUACUAUACUGUAUUUGAAAGUAGCAAUGUGAAGUACAAUAAUUCAUAUUUUUCAGAUACUUUAUUUCUUACACAAUUAAAUUGAAUUAGUAAAGUUAGAUUAAAUAAAACUUAAAUCCCACUCUUGAAGUUCAAUGGAGAGGUUAGAGCCAGCCACACAUAAACCUAAUACCCAGCCCUUCACAUCCAGAAACAUCUAUAUAUUUAUAUAACAUGAUAGAUAUCUAUGAAUAACGUUGAGAUCAUGGUGAAAACCUACAUAUUCCAUGUCUGGAAGACGCUUUCACCGGGAAAACUUGGAUUCCCUUCAACAAGAGUGUUUAAGAUUGUAAUUAAAAUGAUAGUUGACUUUCAAAAGCAUUACUAUUUUCCCAUUGUUUUUAACUUUGCUUUCAUGGCCAUCCUGCCGUGCUUGUCUUUGAACUAAUGAUAAAGUAAUGGUCUCAAACUACGACUGAAAAGUAAUGUAAAAUCUAUCCAAUCUAUUAUUUCUCUAAUUAUGCAAUUAGCCUCAUAGUUAGUUGUUAUUCAGAGGACCCAAGUGAACUGAACUGAUCCUUCUGGCAGGUUCAAAUUAUUUAUUUCAUGUGGCUGUUCUAAUGACUUUUGUCAAUAGAAUCUUACAUUAUGCAGUCAUCAGAAAUUUCCAAAGUACUGUAAUGAAAAUAUCCUUGUUUUGAAAACCUAAAAAACAGGCUCUGUGUAUAUAUAAUAUAUACUUAAGAAUAUGCUGACUUCACUUAUUAGUCUUAGGGAUUUAUUUUCAAUUAAUGUUAAUUUUCUACAAAUAAUCGUAGUGUCAUUUCUAUUUGGGAAUAGUGUCAUAUCAGCACAUAUUUUCUGUUUGGAAAUUCAUUGCUGUUUAAGUUUUAAAUUAGGUAUAUUACCCAGAGAGUAAAUAUGUCACCUUUAAAACAAGAGAAAUGUAGUAUUUUGGGUUACUCAAUUCAAGUGAAAAAUUUUUACAAACAUAUUAUUCCUUGUGUUUCCUGAAUGGUUUCCUAUUUUACAAUGGACUACCCUGUAUGCUAACAAGUAUUUCAUGCUUGAGCUAUUUCCUGCUUUCAGGGUUUCUUUUUCUAGUUAUUCAUACACACACACACACACACACAGAGAGAGAGAGAGAGAGAGAGAGAGAGAGAGAGAGAAGAAUGCAAACAAAAAUCUAUAAGAGGUCUUCACUCUAAUUGAUAUGUAUCAUAGUCACAGGUAAGUGUUAAAAAAGUUAGUUUAAAGUUAAUUAAUAAGUACUAGUUAUUUAUAGCAAUAGAACAGCACCUUAAUCACACGACUUACUGUACAAUUAAAGAGCUCUCUAUCUUUAUGUUUUCUGUCAUUUAACAAAUUGAAUUAAGAAAGAUAGUCCUGUAAAAAGAAAGUUAUCAUCAAAAGUUGAGGGUUGACACCAGCAAUUUCCAGUGUUUAAGGGUAGGGUUUACUUUCUCCUAAUAAGUGAAAAUAUGUACUCCUGUAGUUUUUGAGAUGUAAUUGGCAGGAUCUUUUAUCUCACCCUGAAGAUGAUACAAUGUACCAAGAACAGAAUAAUAUGCCAAAAUAUUGAAAUAACUUUAAUCUCUUACCACAAAAGACGAUGAUGAAGUAAAUUUAUAGGAAAUUGGAUAAUUUGAAACUGGAGCUGAAUAUUUAGUACUAGGGUCUUGUAAGUAUCAAGUUGGAGUGAUAUCUUCCUAUAAUUAAGACUCUUUGACAUCAUGGAAACAGUAAAAGCCACAGUUCCAUCAUUCUCCGGCUCAGUCUUACUUCCUUACCACUAAAAUAUCAGGUCAAACACGAUUCCAUGUGCAGAUUUUUUUUAAAGUGAUAGGUCCUGGGUCAAUAUGAAAGAUUACUGGAGGAAAAUAAGUAGUUUUCAAAAGCUCAGUAUUCACAUUGCCUGCCUGUGUCCUUAUUUUAGAUGUUUAUGGUUUAAAAAAAUGGAAGGACAAUGGGAAGAAGUAAAAUUUAAAUAUUUGCUUUAGUCACUGAAAAACUAAAAUUGCUUCAACAUAAGCAAGGUUGUUUUUAUGCAUUGUUUCAAGGACGUUGAGGCCUUUCUGGCAUUUUUUUCCCCUCUCUUCAAAGAGAAAGAUUUCCUUAAACUACUAAGAUGUUUAAAUCAGAUUGGAGAAAAGCAAAGAUGGCUCCAUAUAACCACAAGAGAGGGAAUCUGGGCACAGUAAAUGUAUGUUUGUUUCAGAACUUUCCUUUACAGUUUGGAUGCAUAAAGGGAGGUUCAGCUACAAAAUUACUCCAUUUUCAGAUAGAACAAAACCUGGCAGUUCAAUUUUAGCUCAGUAUAAAAAAGUGUGAUUUAGUUUUCACUUUCAGGUCCCAAAGAGUUGUGCAAAAGUUCUUAAAAAUUGAAUCUGUAUCUUAGAAGCAUCCAAAUUUUAUGGAUCCAAAUUAGUGUUAGGACUUUUCCAUUACUUUCAUUUUUAAGUACAGAAAUUUUUGAAGUCCUGAUUUGCUGAACAAUAUCUCACAUCAAAUGCUUUGCCUAGAAGUGGAUAUUUCACUGGGUAUAAUGGUAUAUAAACUAUGCAUUGGACAUUUCUAGAUUCUGUAUACUUGAGUAUCAUAAAAUGUGCAGUUGAGAGAUCAGAGUUGAUUCCUGAAAACAAACUAAAUAUUUAAAUCAGGUACUCAUCCUUAUCAGCUCAAUUCAUUUUUCCCAGGAAUAGACCUCCAAAUAAAUUCUUUUAUCCUAGUCACUAGUUUUGAAGUGGUAUAAUUACUCUGGAAGAAACACUCUAAAAAGUCAUGAUUCCCAAUAUUUUGAAAAGUACCCUCUGAAAAGGAUUGUUGUAAUAUAAUUUUAAUUUUUAUGUUUUAUCUAGAUGAAAUCUUUUUUGAAUUCCAACAGUGUAGCAAGGGACUCAAAAUCCAAGCAGUCUGCUGUGUUCAAAUUAACACCACAACCUUCUUUAUAAGAUUAUAAGAGUAGAAAGAUUAACACUUGGUAUGUAAAUCUUCAGGAAGAUGAACUACUUCCUAAGCUCUGACAGCAGCUUUCUUUUCCAGAGAAUACAGACUUACAGUACGGUCUGCUUAAAAGUUCAGGGACUAUUAUGGUUGCAGCAUUUUUAAUCUCCCUAUGGCAUCUUUAUGGAAUAAUUUUCUAAAGGGAUAAUUCUCUACUAAAAAUAUCAGACCCAGACCAUAUUUAAUGUGGAGAGCAAUAUACCCUCUUAGAGAGAAAAUACAUUGACUCACACACUUGUUAAAAGUUAAUAAAGAAAUAGCUCAUUUUUAAAGCCAGAAGUUUAUGGCCUCUGCAUCGUCAAUUUAAUUUAAGCAUUGCUGCAACUAUCUUUAAUCUACUCCCCAUUUUGUAAUACCUUAUUUAUGACGCAUUUUUAUUUUUUAUUUGGGGGGGGGGACAUUAGCCCAACAGAGCCAGCAGAUGAAAGUGUUGAAAAGAGGUCAAAUGAAAACAAAGGCUCUUACUCACUAUAUUUCAGACAGGACUGAGGCACUUAGCCGAGGAGCCACUGGGUUAUUAGAUUAAUUUCAAAAGAGCUUUUACAAGUUGCUUAAUUCCAUUUUUUUUUUUAAAACCUGUGGACCACAAACUUAAAUUUCUCCUCAAACGGGGUUAAUUUGACAAAUGAGGCAUGGACCCAGCGUUGUGGAAAAAGCAUUCCUCUAUAAUGAGAUCUUGGUCUUUCUUGUGAGACUAUGCUAUUUAUGUAAAUAUGUCUGGAGGCACCUUUUAUAAUCUUUUAGUUUUCUAUGAUCUAUUAGUUUAGCGUUUAUUAAAGAAUCAAAUGUAUAGAGUUACGAGGCAUUUAGGGGGAAUGCUGUGUAGCAAGUGUAAAACUGAUCUGCUCGGAAGAAACAUAGGAACGCUCCAAACCCACUGUACUGUUUUUUCCUUUGUGAUUAUUUUCGUUGCUUUGAGAGUGAACUGCAUAAGAAUAGGCCUUAUAAUAAAUGCUAUGUGCGUCUUCAGUAGUACCAAGCUAAGGCAAUUUGGCAUUCUCCUACUGUGAUUUGUGAUUUCUAAACCCAGAAAAUAAAAGCUUUUCGGUAUUGAUUGUUUUUAAUUAAAAAUACUUCCAAGUAUAAAUUGAAACUGAUGCCACCCUUGAAGAUUUACCGGCUGGAGUGCUCAGUUCAUGUCGUUUUCCUCGGUACCAUUCGCGUCUUUGGCAACAAGAACACCUGAUGGAAGAAAUCACUGCUCAGCUUCCGUCAGCAUUUCUAGUUAGGGAGAUUUCCAUAACCUCACAGUUCACCUGAGAAAGUUUUCUGUGUGAGAAGAACGGGGUUGAGAAUAUUAACGUCUAGCUCAGUGUGGCCGGGCCUUUUGUUGUAGUCAAAUGGCAAAUACGCACUCCUUGAAAUGGCUUCUUUUAUUUUGUUUUCUUAGACUUAUAAAUUUGAAAAGAAUGCAAUUUAAAAAGUGAUUUCUCACAAAGAGUAAAUAUGCCUUUUGCAAAUCAAUUUUUGUAACAAGUUAUUUAUAUGAUAUUACUUAAUAAACUGGUUUUUUUCUAA